UGAGGCAAUAGAAAAUUUUCAUGAAAAAUAUCUCAUUGGAGCAGGAGGACAAGGAAGUGUUUAUAAGGCUGAGUUAUUUGUUGGUCAAUUUUUUGCUAUCAAAAAACUUUAUCCAAACUGUAACACAAAUUUUUCCAAUUUGAAAGCAUUUUCAAGUGAAAUUCAAGCUUUGACAGAACUCAAACAUCGUAACAUAGUGAAGUUACUUGGAUUUUUUUAAAAUUCACAACUCUCCUUCUUGGUAUAUGAGUUCUUAGAAGGUGGUAGCUUGGAUAAGAUUUUGAAAAAUGAUAAGCAUGCAAUUGCACUUGAUUGGAAUAAAAGGGUAAGUAUUGUUAGAGGUGUGGUUGAUGCAUUAUUCCAUAUGCAUCAUGGUCUCUCAUGUCCAGUAAUCCAUCGUGACAUAUCAAGCAAGAAUAUUUUGUUAGACUUCGAAUAUCAAGAAGCUCACAUCACCGAUUUUGGAAUAGCUAAGUUCUUAAAUCUUGACUCAAACAACAUGACCUCAUUUGUUGGCACCUUUGGCUAUGCUGCUCCAGAGAUUGCUUUCACCAUACAAGCAAAUGAGAAAUGUGAUGUCUACAGUUUUGGAGUUCUUGCAUGGGAAAUCUUAUUGGGAAGGCAUCCGAGUGAUCUUGUUUGUUCUUUGAUAGAGAUUCCUACAUCUUAUAAGUUGCCAUUAAAGGAUGUUGUAGACAAACGCCUUCCACCACCCACAAACCUAGUUGCUGAUGAAGUGAUAUCAAUUGCAAAAUUAGCACUUGCUUGCUUGAAUGAAAACCCAUGUUCUCGUCCAACUAUGGAACAUGUAUCUACGAAGCGUAUGAAGAGAAAGCCUCAUUUAGCAGACCAGUUUGACACCAUCACACUAGGAAAACUUAUGAUGCAGGUGGAUCUUAGUCAUUCAAUCACAACACUGGACCAAAUGAUGACACGUGGCAUCAUGAAUACAUAUGAAAUUGAAGAGACGUAACAUUUUUUGCAUGUUGACUACAUGUAUUCUCUAAUAUGCUUAUCAUGCCUCGAAGGAUUUUGAAUUCUAUGAUUCCUUGCAUGUAACAGCUUACCUAUUCCCACGACAAUCUUCUAUCAUAUUAUGAAACUUAAAACAUCAA